AUACCUCCUCGAGAGCGCGUAUAGGAAUCAAAAUGAGGAGCGUUGGGGUUCCAGAAUAGUUUGUUAGGGAUCUGGCUUAAUUUGGUACUAAUUUGUUAUUAGGGUUUGCGGCGAGGUUGAUCAGAUUCGAAAGAAGGGCGAUGCAAACCGAGGCGCGGGCAGGGAUGAUGGUGGAAGGGGGAGGGCAGAGGGGUUUCGGCGCUGUUCAUGGCUGUACGGCCUCUGCCGCCAAAACAGCCGCCGGCGAACUUGCUGUCAACGGCGCCGCCGCACGGAAGUAUUCCGCGCAGCGCCACUCGCAGCUCCAGCAGCAGCAGCAGCAGCCCCAAGUUGGAGCUCUGUCACAUCUCGUCGCCGGAGGCCUUGCUGGGGUCGUCAGCAAGACCUGCACGGCACCUCUCGGCCGUCUUACCAUUCUUUUCCAGGUGCAGGGUAUGCACUCUAAUGCUGCAAUUUUAAAAAAGGCUAGUAUAUUUCAGGAGGCUUCACGAAUAGUUCGUGAAGAAGGAUUUAGAGCAUUUUGGAAAGGGAAUUUAGUAACAAUUGUGCACAGGCUUCCUUAUUCCUCUAUCAGCUUCUAUGCUUAUGAUCGCUACAAAAUUUUGCUUCAUUUGCUUCCUGGACUGGAAGGGGGUAAUCAAUUUGGCAAUACUGAUGUUUUUGUGCGAUUGUUGGGCGGUGGUUUGGCUGGAAUGACAGCUGCAUCUAUCACAUACCCAUUGGACCUAGUGAGGACUCGUCUUGCUGCACAGACAAAUCAUGCGUACUAUCAGGGCAUCUGGCAUGCACACAAGGCUAUUUGUAGGGACGAGGGUUUUCGGGGGUUGUAUAAAGGUCUUGGAGCUACAUUGUUGGGUGUGGGUCCAAAUAUAGCCAUCAGCUUUUCGGUUUAUGAAACUUUGAGAUCCAAUUGGCAAAUGCGAAGGCCAGAGGACUCUAACGUCUUGGUCAGCUUAGCUUGUGGAAGUGUUUCUGGAAUUGCUUCGUCAACAGUGACAUUUCCCUUAGAUCUAGUGAGACGGCGGAUGCAAUUGGAAGGCGCGGCCGGUAGAGCUCGCAUCUACAAAUCAGGCAUUUUUGGAACAUUUAAGCAUAUCAUCUGCUCUGAAGGCUUUCGUGGCUUAUAUCGGGGUAUAUUACCCGAGUACUACAAAGUUGUACCGGGUAUUGGGAUUGCAUUUAUGACUUAUGAAACUCUGAAAUCUUUCCUAUCAGGCUCGGUGGGAAGUAGCUAGUGCUGUGAAUUUUGCUUCACACAGCAUUGCAUCAUCAUAUUGAUGGCUGAUAUCCUUUUUCAAUACAAAUGAGUUUUACAGAAUGCCAUAGAAAUCUAAGGCUGCAAAUUUUGUAGUUGCUGCCACAAAUUGUCUUUGAAUCCUUAUAUAGGUUAUUGAUUAUCAAUUCUGGCAAGAAAAUCCGCUGAUAUAGGUUAUUGAUUUGCUGUAAUUUUUACCCAUACUUCUUGUUGACAUUCUUUUCCAUUUUCAUUGUUUAUUCAUUGAGUCGACCACCCUGUAGUUUAUUGCUGUAACUAAAUUUGAGAGCUUUGCAGGCAUGUAUAAUUAUUGAUGUUGCAAAUUAAAAAAAAAAAUAUUAUUCUAAUUGAGUUUGGAGGUCAAAUCAGAA